AUGAGCGCCGCGCUCUUCAGCCUGGACGGCCCGGCGCGCGGCGCGCCCUGGACGGCGGAACCCACUGCCUUCUACGAGCCCGGCCGAGUGGGGAAGCCGGGUCGCGGAGCCGAGCCGGCCGCGCCCGCCAUGUACGACGACGAGAGCGCCAUCGACUUCAGCGCCUACAUCGACUCCAUGGCCGCCGUGCCCACCCUGGAGCUGUGCCAUGACGAGCUCUUCGCCGACCUCUUCAACAGCAACCACAAAGCGGGCGCCCUGGAGCUACUGCCCGGUGGCCCCGCGCGCCUCGGGGGCCCUGGCCCGGCGCCGCGACCCCUCAAGCGCGAGCCCGACUGGGGCGACGGCGACACGCCCGGCUCCCUGCUGCCCGCGCAGGUGGCCGCGUGCGCGCAGACGGUGGUGAGCCUCGCGGCCGCUGCGCAACCCACACCGCCCGCGUCGCCAGAGCCGCCGCGCCGGAGCCCCGCGCCCCCAGCGCCCGGGCCUGCGCGCGACAAGACGGCGGGCAAGCGGGGCCCAGACCGUGGAAGCCCCGAGUACCGGCAGCGACGCGAGCGCAACAACAUCGCUGUGCGCAAGAGCCGCGACAAGGCCAAGCGGCGCAACCAGGAGAUGCAGCAGAAGCUGGUGGAGCUUUCGGCCGAGAACGAGAAGCUGCAGCAGCGCGUGGAGCAGCUCACGCGGGACCUGGCCGGACUGCGGCGCUUCUUCAAGCAGCUGCCCGGCGCGCCCUUCCUGCCCGGCGCGGGGGCGGCGGACGCGCGGUGA